AGGAAGCUCCCGGCGCAGGCCAAUCCGGGAGAGCCGAGGAUACAUUGCAACCUUUGGGACUCGCCGCGUUCCAUCCCGGAGUCGCGCCGCGCUCGGAGCCCGGAAGGGAGAAGGCCGCCGGCCCCUGCCGUUGCCCUUACCCUUGCCCUUGCCCCCGGCGCGGAUCGGAGGAAGGACGGACCGACUGGCGGACCCAGGGAGGCCGGCUGGGCGGCAGGCAUGGGCAGGAAGGUGACAGUGGCCACUUGCUCGCUUAAUCAGUGGGCCCUGGAUUUUGAGGGCAAUUUGCGGAGGAUUUUAAGGAGCAUUGAAAUUGCCAGAAACAAAGGUGCAAAGUACCGGCUUGGACCAGAGCUCGAGAUAUGCGGCUAUGGCUGUUGGGAUCACUACUUCGAAUCCGACACCAUUUUGCAUUCGUACCAAGUUCUGGCCCAGCUUCUGGUGGCUCCCGUCGCCCAAAACAUCAUCUGUGACGUCGGGAUGCCCGUGAUGCACCGCAACGUUCGCUACAACUGCCGAGUGAUCUUUCUCAAUGGAAAAAUCCUUCUGAUUCGCCCCAAAAUGGUGCUGGCCAAUGAAGGCAACUACCAAGAGAUGCGUUGGUUUGCCCCGUGGCAGAAGAGCCGGAAAGCCGAGGACCAUUUUCUCCCACGGAUGAUCCAGGAGCUGACCAAGCAGGAGCUGGUCCCCUUCGGGGAUUUAGUGCUGGCCACCAAAGACACCUGCAUCGGCACGGAAAUCUGUGAGGAGCUCUGGACGCCCCACAGCCCACACAUUGAUAUGGGCCUGGACGGAGUGGAAAUCUUCACCAAUUCCUCGGGGAGCCACCACGUGCUGCGGAAGGCCCACACCAGAGUGGAGCUGGUGAACCUGGCCACCCUGAAGAACGGCGGGAUCUAUCUCCUGGCCAAUCAGAAGGGCUGCGAUGGCGAUCGACUCUACUACGACGGGUGCUCCAUGAUCUCUGUGAACGGCUCCACUGUUGCCCAAGGAGCCCAGUUCUCCCUGGAUGAUGUGGAGGUCCUCACAGCCACAGUUGACCUGGAGGACGUCCGAACCUUCAGAGCAGAGAUUUCUUCACGGAACUUGAUGGCCAGCAAAGUGGUGCCCUACACUCGUGUCAAGGUCGACUUUGCCCUCUCGUGCCAUGACGACGUGCUGGUCUCCACCUCGGAGCCGAUCCAGUGGCAAUUUCACAGUAUCGGGGAGGAAAUCAGCCUCGGCCCCGCGUGUUGGCUCUGGGACUACCUGAGGCGCAGUCAGCAGGCCGGAUUUUUCCUCCCUCUUAGCGGAGGGCUGGACAGCUCUGCAGUUGCCUGCAUGGUGUACUCCAUGUGCCGCCAGGUCUGCCAGGCCGUGAGUAAUGGAAACAAGGAGGUGCUGGCCGACGUCCAGAGGAUCUUGAACCGCGACGACGUCGUCCCCCAGGACCCCCAGAAGCUGUGCGGCCAGUUGCUGACCACGUGCUACAUGGCGUCGCAGAAUUCCUCCCAGGACACCUACAACCGGGCCCAGGAGCUGGCCGAGCAGAUCGGGAGUUACCACAUCAACCUCAACAUAGACGGGGUGGUCAAGGCCAUCGUGGAGAUCUUCCGCCUGGUGACCGGCAAGAUGCCGCAGUUCUUGGUCCACGGCGGAAGCAGCCGCGAGAACCUGGCCAUGCAGAGCGUGCAGGCCCGAGUCCGGAUGGUCUUCGCCUACCUCUUCGCUCAGCUGAGCUUCUGGUCCCGGGGCAUGCGAGGGGGUCUCCUGGUGCUCGGCUCCACCAACGUGGAUGAGAGCCUCCGCGGUUACCUGACCAAGUACGACUGCUCCAGCGCAGACAUCAACCCCAUCGGCGGCAUCAGCAAGACCGACCUCAAGACCUUUAUCCAGUACUGCAUCGAGCGCUUCCGUCUGCUCUCCCUGAGGAGCAUCGUGUCGGCGCCGGCCACCGCCGAGCUGGAGCCCUUGGCCGAAGGGCAGGUGAUCCAGACCGAUGAGGUACCAGGCUGGCGGAACCCUGGGCGGAAGGGCCUCCCUCUGGCGGAGGAGGCUCAGGCUCCCGCUGAAGACAUGGGGAUGACCUACAAGGAGCUGUCUGUCUUUGGGAGGCUGAGGAAGAUGGGGAAGGCGGGGCCCUACAGCAUGUUCUGCAAACUCAUCAACAUGUGGAAGGAGAUCUGCACCCCCAGAGAGGUGGCCGAGAAGGUGAAACACUUUUUCCGGAUGUACUCCCUGAACAGGCACAAAAUGACCGUCCUCACGCCCUCCUACCACGCCGAGAACUACAGCCCGGACGACAACAGGUUCGACCUGAGGCCCUUCCUGUACCAGUCCAGCUGGCCCUGGCAGUUCCGCUGCAUCGACCACCAGGUGAUGAAGCUGGAAGGCGCCGAAGGGGAUCAGGACUUUGAAGAUCUGGUCUGAUGGACCCUCUGGCUGUGUGGCUGUGACCCAGGCGCGGGCGCCUCCCCUCCCCCGGGGUUUCUCCUCCUCCUCUCUCUGCCAUUUUGGCUCACUCUGGUUGGCGCGACGCUCAGCUCGGCCUGCUCUGGCUUCAGUGGGUUCUGAUCCUUUCCAAAAACUGUUUAAAAUAAAAACGUUCUUCUGAAA